AUGUCGGACAGGCAGGCGGCUGAGGGGCCGGGCGUGUGGAGCCCCGCAGCCCGCCGAGGGUCGACGGGCGGCGCCGGGGACCGCCCGGGAGUGGAGGGGAGCCGGGCGGCCGCCUCAGAGUAUGAAGAUCUGGAAACCACUAAGCUCAACUCUCCAUUGGCUUCUACCUCUGACCCAGCCUCCCAGUCCUCACCCUACAGGCCACAGAUGGUGUCUCCAGCAAGUAAGGAUGCCACAGAAGACCGGCGGAAAGCGGCCGGUGCCUCAGAGGCUCAGGCUCUGGUGGAACAGGACCCGCUGCCUACAGACCAGGCCCAGGUCCUCAACCAGAUGGCCAAGUACCAAGUGCCACAAAGGUCUGGAGACAUCGUUAUGAUCCAGUCGGAACAUACAGGAGCCAUAGAUGUUCUCUCAGCUGACUUGGAAUCUGCAGAUCUUCUGGGGGACCACAGGAAAGUCUCUCCACCACUCAUGGCUCCUCCAUGCGUCUGGACUUUUGCCAAAGUGAAAGAAUUCAAAAGCAAGCUUGGCAAAGAGAAGAACAGCCGUCUGGUAGUGAAGCGAGGAGAAGUGGUGACCAUCCGGGUGCCUACUCAUCCUGAGGGAAAGCGUGUCUGCUGGGAGUUUGCAACUGAUGACUAUGACAUUGGCUUUGGGGUUUAUUUUGACUGGACUCCUGUAACCAGCACUGACAUCACUGUGCAGGUCAGUGAUUCCAGUGAGGACGAGGAUGAGGAAGAAGAAGAGGAAGAGGAGCUGGAAGAACCUGUCCCUGUGGGAGACGUGGAGAGAGGCUCCAGGAGCUCCCUGCGGGGUCGCUAUGGAGAAGUCAUGCCUGUGUAUCGGCGAGACAGCCACCGAGAUGUGCAGGCUGGCAGCCACGACUACCCUGGGGAGGGCAUCUACCUGCUCAAGUUCGACAACUCGUACUCCCUGCUACGCAACAAGACUCUCUACUUCCACAUCUACUACACUAGCUGAAGAACUCUGGCUCAGGGGUGGGUGGAUUUGCUGGCUGAACAGGCUGCCAGCUGGUGCCUCGUGUUCAAGUAGGCAAGGGCCUAACGUUCUGUGUGAGGCCCCUGAACCUCAUGCUGCGCCUGGCAUGCCUGACUGUUGACCCUGUGCAGCUUUUCCCCCUUCUUGGCUUCUGCAGGUGAUGGUGUAGCCCCUGUUCUGUGGUCCCCGACUCACGCUCUUAUUGUUUAAGAUUCCAGCAGAAACCCUUCCUGAAGGCACCUGCCAGGCAAAAGCCUAAAAGGAAGGAGAAGGCUCUCCUUUUUUAAAAGUGGGGUUGUCUUGGUGCAGGUUUAUCGCUCAGAUUGCUGCUGGUUCCUUUAACGAGCCUGCAAUGCCAGUGUCCUCAGAGGCGCCGACCCUCUUUAGUGCUUGACGUGCCGGAAGCGGGAAAAGCACAUUGUCUGGGAAAGAGCCCAAUAUUUUGGAUGGAGAAUGCUCUGUCCAGCCUCUCACCACUGCCAUAUUCCUGCCUGUUGGGGUAUUCUUGGUCUCUAGCACAGGCUAGGAGCCCUCACUGCCUUGGAGGGACAUCAUUAUUCUGGAUGGUUAGGCUCCUCUUUUCUCUUUCCUAAAUCUGUGUUUUUGCCAUAUAGCAAGAACUUACACGCACUCGCAAGUGAUCAUCAAUCUAACCUAAGAGGCUCUGAGGAGAAAACUACCCCCAUCACUUCUUGUUUCCAGAGCUAGUUUCCCUUACCAGGGCUGCUAGUAGUUGAUGACAGGUGGAAGUUAGGUACUGAAUUAAUCUCACAACACACCCCUUUGAAAAUUAAGUGUUAACUCCCCACCCACAGCUGACAUUAAAGUAGGAGUAUUAUUUGGAAAUUUUGCUUUGGAACCAAAUGCAGUGAAACCCAAUCAGGUUUCCAAAAUUUCUGGAUUUAUACCUUUUUUCUUUUCUUUUUGUGCAUAGGGGGCUUAAAGCUUUUGGUGUUCAAAAUCCCUUUUAGGAAAAGUAGUAACGGACCAUCACUGCUGCUGACUGUACAUACGUGUUCUUUACCAACCAAAGCUUGCAUUUCCCUGGGGACAGCCUUUCUCCCUCCCUCUGUUCACCUGGGGCCCUGGAGUGCCGCAGAGUGCGGAUGUGUUGCAGCAGUGGCCACCAGGGCACCAGGUGCUAAAGCCUCAGGCGCAGAGGGAGAACCAGAUAAACAGGGACCUCAGAGUCAUCUGCACCUCCUUGUCUUGUCCUGUGUUCUCUGUUACACCUUUUGCAUUUUGACUAAUUCAAUUUAUUUAUUACUUUAAGUUUCUUAAGCACAUUUCAUUUUGCCAUUGAAACAGUUUCCAUCUGUGUCUCACAAGGCUUCCCAUCUGCUCUUAGCCACUGAAGCCCCUCUAAUGUGGAGUUAAAGAUGAUGAUUUUAGGGCUUUGGGUUUACCUCAGAGGUAGUACUCUUACCUAGCAAGUGCAAGGCUCUGGGUUUGAUCCUUAGCACUGAAAAGAAAAGAGAUGAUUUUAGGAGGUUUUGGGAAGUGAUUGUAUUCAUUCCCACAUGUCGGCCCUGUGAUGCUUUGGCCCAUGUUUAGGUAUAGCCCAGCGCCCCCAGUGAGGAGUUCUAAGUUGUGAGAGCUCUGUUCAUUUACUGGGGAUUAAGUACAGAGUAAUCAGCCAGCCAAUCAGGGACCAGGCAAGCACCAGGAGUCUAGGAUUUCACAGUCCUUUGCCUCCUCUGACAGCUUCCCCUCCAUGAUGUUUCCUUUGACACCUCUUGAUUGUGUGCUGCCUCACACUGGCCCCACAGGAGUAGUCACUCAGAGAGCAGGGCCUCUACCAGAAGGUCUGUGGUAGCAGCAAUGUCAGGGAACAGAGGGCAUACAUACAUCCCAUGUGUCUCUUCCCCUGCAAGCACAGCCCAGGUAGGGCAGGGUGUGUAGGGUGCAUAGACUACCAUAACCUCCCAGUCUCUCAUUGGCACCAUACCGCCAUUGCUUUAUCAUUGCAAGGAUGUUUUGUAGAGAAUGAUACUGGCAAACAUUUAUUUACCUUGUAGGAAAUUAUAUUAGUAACUAUUUGGUCAGUGUAACACAUACUUGCUGUGUACCAUCCUGCCAGAUAGCUGAGUGACCACUCCUUUAUCUUUGAACUUGAAUCAGUCAGCCUUAGUUGACUAAGUAUAAUAUUUGUCAAAUAAUUUUCUACUGAGCUAUUUUCCAGUCAACAAAAGUCUUGCUUACUUUUUUCUAUUUAUUAUCGCCUUCUGACUUCCUGUCAAAUUGGAACUAUCAGGCCACACAUAGCAAACUCCCAGGGAUAACACAAUUACUUAGCUUUUACUUUUUCUUAAUAAAUAAAAUGAGAUCCUCUAUGCUUAGUUUCUUUGGAGACCAAGUUCCAUUGUACCAAGGAAGCUGGAGGGACUGGUUCUCAUCACCUGUAUAUGCCUGUGAUUGGUCAGUUUUGAAGUUCUAGCUUUCUUACAUUUCAUUCUUUACUGUUUUUUUUUUCCCCUCAGCAGUGUUUGUUCUGUUAGCAUAAAAUAAUUAAAAGAAGAUAUGUUCACUGUCUGAUGCACCCACUCUGCUCAUAUUAAAUUUCUGAAAUAAUGGAACUUUAAGGGCAAAGUAUUAGUUACCAAAGCACAGGUAAUUACUGAGAACGCAUAGCCCAGCAGAUUCUAGAGGUGGUCACUUCCUCACUCCUCUACAUCUAAGUUUGUAGAAUCAAGCAGUGAAAUGAAAAUCAUCUGUUUUCUUUCUCACCCUAUUCUCUAGAGCACAAAUAAAAUCAACAAUUGAAAGAAAUAAUAGGGCAGAGAUUGAAAUUCUCCACAUAGAGUAGCUGAGUUAUAAUUCUUCACUUGGUUUCAUUUUGCUAUUUUGGUGAGAGAGAGGGCCUUUCAAGAGGAAGAAAGGAGUUGGGGAGAUGGCUUAGUCAGUGAAGUGCUUGCCACACUGAGUUUGGAUCACCAGCAUCCAUGUAAAGGCUGGGCAUAGCAGUGUGCAUCUGUAAUUCCAGCACUGAGGAGGCUGAGAUGGGAGGAUCCCUGGGCUUGCUGAAUAGCUGAUCCAUCCAAAUUGGUGAGCACUCAGUUCAACGAGAGACCCUGUCUCAAAAAAAUAAGGUGGGCAGGGGCUAGCGAGAUGGCUCAGUGGGUAAAGCCUGACCUUGGAGUUCAGGUCCCCCGCACCCAUGUAAAGCUCCGUAGGCUAGUUCCAGCAUGCCUAUGGCAAGAUGUGAGGCAGAGACAAGAGAAUCUCCCAGAAGCUCACUGGCCAGGGAGCAUGGCACAUGCAUCAGCAAACAACAAAAGACCCUGUUUCAAACAAGGUGGAAGGUGAGAACCAACACCUAAAGCUGUGUUCUCACCUUUGCACACACUGUAUGGCAUAUACACACCCAAACACACACCAUGCACGCACACACAGAAAGUAAGUUAGAGAAAAAUGGUAGAGAGCAGUUGAGGAAGACAUCUGAUGUUGACCACCAGCUUAUGUAUACCUUCUCCCUCACCACACAUACCAUACAGAAAAGUUAAAAAGACAUUUUUAAAGUGCUAAUUUUUCCAACAUCUUACAUAAAAACUUUCAGCAAAUAGAAAAAUGUCUAUACUUAUCUAUGAGUUCCAUAUAUAUAUAUAUUUUUAAAAAAAUUACAAAUGGACAAUUUUAAAGUGAAGAUUAAUCUUCAGUUCCUUUUACAAGUAUCCAGUUAGAAAAUGUUCCUUUGUACAGUCAAAAUCAGCUCCUAGGUCAGAGAGCCCCUGGCUCUUGCAACAUGGGCUGCCUAGGAGUUGGUUUUCACAGAAAUGGGUCUUCGCCGCCAUCUUUCCAAACACUUGCUGUCUUCACCCUUCCCGUUUUCUUCAGUGCCAGUGAGGUCGAUUGUGAGGUGCUCUGGAAAGACUCACUGUUCUUUGUUGCUUUGUGACAUAUCCUCAGGAUCUCAAGUUCAAACUCAAUGCUCAGAUAAUAUGUAGCCUUUUCACAGAAACAGGUAGCAGUUUGAAAUUUGUCUAUUUUUAGUUAUUUUUCUUAUGAAUGGAUUCUGCACUUUAAAAUAUUUUACCUAUUUGGGAAAACAAAAUGGACUUUUAAAAAUUGUAUAUUGUCCCAUUAUAGUAUGGAUAUGGAAGAGUUCAUCUGUAAGCUCUCUGAUUUAUAUUAGUGGGAUUAGGUAUUAUUGUGGAAUUUGUAAUAUGUAAAUUUGCUUUUGAUGGAUAUUACUCAGUGCUUUUUUGAAUCAGGUAAAAUUUAAACCCUAAAGUCUGUGUUUGUAUAUUUAUCCUUAAAGAUUACUUCUCUACAAAAUGUUGCCUUUAAGCUCAAAGUCUGUGGCUAUAAGGUGUACAGUUGAGUGACCCUAACAUUUACUUAAAAGACUUGUUAAGCGAAGGAGGGAGGGUCACAUGUGAAGCAGCCUCGUUCUGCUUGAGAACUCCUUUUAGGCUGGUAGUAAGGAGUGAGAACAGGACAGAACCCAGGAGAGCCGAGGCCAACUAGAGGACAUGCUUCAGAGUUCUUUUCCUACCCUGAUUUCCUUUAGUGCUUCAGUCUGUGCUUUGCCACUGGGACUGUUCUUCAAGCUAAAAGCCUUACCAAUUCUCCUUGUGCUUGGUGGAGAAUUCCCAAGCACAUUUUGCUGUCUUUUGCAGCAGAUCAUCCUGAAAUAUUUUUGAGUAGGUCUCCUUGGCUAGAUGCAAUCAUGACCUGAGAAUGAAUUUCAUCUCUCUGUUCUUUGGAACUUAAGAAUCUAAUUCCCAUAAAAAGCAAGAUGAGGAAAAAGCCAAGAGAAGUCUGUUCCUAAGUGGUGUGGAAGCCACAGCUGCUUUUGAUUAAGAUGAAGAAAGGGACAAUUCAGAUUUAUUUUGACCAAAUCACAGAAAGCCUGUAAGUUUGUUUGGGUAACAAGUGGACCUCCACGGGGCUGAUGGCAUCAGUAUCUUCAGUUUGUAUGUGAUGGGCAUGCACAGCGCAGAGCAAGCCGCACGGCUUUUUCCUCAGAGUUUCCCCUGAGGCCAAAUUAUCCACAUUAACCUCUCAGACUAGUUUUUUCCCCACAUGGCCAAUCCACUGGAACAGGGAAGAAUGUCCUCCCUACAGUCUUGGUGAUUGAAAAGAACUAGACUUUCAUCUGAAGGAAGAUAAUUCCGUAUCAUUGCUGCUAUGGGGGGAGUACUUUAUCAAGGGACAUGUGCUGCCUAGAGAGGAAGUCACUGUGUCCAUUGUGUGUUUGUACUCAGGGACCCAUUAUGCUUUUUGGAAAGUAGGAAAUGAGUAUCAUAAAACAGUCAAAAGCCAUGUAUCUGAUUUCCAGUGACCCGAGUUAGACCUUGCUAUUCCUGGUGGCUUCUUUGGGGGAGUGGGAGGAGACGAGCAGGAACUGCUUGGCUUCAAGUGUCUGGUGAUGGUCACUGACAGCCCCUCGCUUUGUAUCACUUAUCUAGACCCCGUGGACAUUCUCAAACAGCAUUCCACUAAUCUAAGGGAUGAGGUAUGGACAGUUUGUGAUCCAAAGGUUAGAGAAACAUUCUAAGUAUUGUGUGGCCAGGUCUUGGUAUCAUUGCUGCCUCAGAGGGAUUUCACUGUAUGCUUGAACCACAAAGCCUACCCUGACCCUCUCCUGUUCGAGUCCGUUUUAAAGCUAAGAAAACAAUUAUUGGCCCUAAACCUGAUAUUGCUAGGAUAGCAUGGCUCAUGUACACAUAGUCAUUCCUCACAACCUGAGUCCAAAGGUAAGACAUUGGCUUUGAAAUUGUAGUCCUGGUACAUAGUUUGAAGUCCUGGUUUGUAUUGGACGCACCUUUCUUCCAGGCUUCAGGCAUGUGGAUAAAAGUCGGCAUCAUGGCUCUUCUUAUUUCUAAGGUGUGAUAAAACCACCCUAAAGGUCUAGAGAUACAGGUGGCUUUAUAAAAUUUUCAGUUUUCAGCCAUUUUAAGCAAAUAGUUUUUUGUUUAUUUGGAGGCAAAAUAAUAUAACAUGAAAUGACUUAGGGACAGAGUAUAUAAAUAUGUUUUUUUUUCCAAAUUUUUUUUAUUAACAACUUCCAUGACAAAGUAUAUUUUCUAAAGUUCUGAUGGAGGAUCAUCAACAAUUGCAAAGUUUAGGGUUGAUAUAUUAUAGCAUAUAGUAGUACUGAAGGGUCCUUAAUUUAUUGUCAGUGUAAGGAGCCUUCUUCCUAAACUCCUCAUAACUCAGGGUUGAAAUGCCUAGUCUGUACUGUUCAUUCUCGGGUUCAGGCCAGGAAUCAUCUGGAAAACAUUAUCUUAAUUCCUUCUCUCAUGUCCUCAGUAGUUCAUUUUCCUAAGAAGUCUCGUGUCAAAAACACAACUUGCAUUCCUUUCUGAGAUUCUCCUCCCAUAAGCCAAUUAGUUUUCCUUUAGUUAGUAUGAGUUAGUUCCAUAAUCAUGUUAAAGGACAAUUAUGUCUGGAGAAAGCAGUCCUGUGAUGCACGAUUCUGGUGCGCCCAUUUCCCCGUAAUAAUAAUGGAAGUGUUUUGAAACUCCCAGAAGAAAUGUUUGAUGCUUUGUAAUAAAAGUAAAACAAUAAAAGCAUUCACAAAUUAUAAUCAAAGGGAUGAAUCCUAGGAGAGUAGAUUUUGGGUACGGAUGAUGGGAAUACAGGGAAGGGCUUGAAGACUUCCUAAAGCUACCUUAUGUCAUUCAGCCUAUGUAUCUGAAGGGCUGCUUUGGGGUCAUGCUGUCAGAUCUCUUAGUUGGUUAAAAAGUGAUCAUAUUUUCUUCGUAAAUAUUUAACCAGCUGACAUCCAUGAAGAUGUUCUUGCCUUUCUGUCGUAUAUUUCACACCGAUACUGACAUUUCAAAAGGGGCCAGAAAGGAAACCAUCACAUUCUUGUCUUUUUUUUUUUUUUUUUUAAGAAUACAAAACAUUCCUAACUAGUCAUUUAGUGUAGUCUUACAUUACACGUCACCUGUCAUGAGGAAUGCCGUCAACACCUGCUGUGAUUUCCACAUUAAGAACUCUGUACCAAGUUGUUCCACCUUACACCUUGCUGAGGCAUUUUGCCUUGAUAAUGCCAGAUUUCCUCACUCUGAGGCGUUGAGUGUGUUGCUGCGAUGCACUGAUAUUCCUGAGCUACGGGUCUUUAACUCAGUCCUUGUGUUUUAUAUCAUGUGAGUUUCAGGAAGCUUUUGUGCAUUCCUUGUCUUCUCUUUCAAGUUUUGAAAUCUGUCAUAAAUAAACUUUUUCACUGUGCACCUGGAA